UGAAGCGGGAGGAAGUCGCCGUUGUGUUGCCGGUUGUUGAUGUUUGUGUAAGAAACAAAAGGCACCCCAGGAUGGACGUGACGACGUGUCUGAAGUCUCUGCUGCUGGCUAUCCAGCAGUACAGAGACAGCAGGACGGCGCAGCACGCAGCGCAGCUACAGAAACAGGUGGAGAAACUUUCGGGGCUGAAGUGCGAGCAGCUGCUGUCCACAGCGCAGGUUCUGCCCAGCGAGUGCGUGAGUGGGCUGGUGGAGCUGGCUGGAAGUCCAAGCACCAGCCCCCCCCUGACGAGCUCCAUCAUCUCCCUGCUGUCACAGCUAGCCUGUGAUGCUCAGAGCCGGGAGAUUCUGCACAGCAGCUACAACCUCACCGGCACCCUGGCUGCUGUCGUACACUGUCACAGCAACACACCCGGAGAGCCUCUGGUGCUGCAGUGCCUCCAGGUGCUCCAGAAGCUGACCUACAACACUCGUAUCUUCCAGUCCACCAGCUACAUCCACGAGCUCAUUACGUUUCUCAUGACCAACAUCCAGUCUCACAACGAUGAUGUCGUCAUGCCGUGUCUGGGCCUCAUGGCCAAUCUCUGUCGUGAAAACCAUUCGGUGCAGAACUACAUCAAGUCUCUGGACAACGUGAAGCCGUUUUAUCGCACGUUGAUCAACUUCCUGGCUCACAACAGCCUGACUGUGGUGGUCUUCACGUUGUCCAUACUGGCUGGCCUCACUCUGAACGAGAAGGUCGGAGAGAAGCUCUUUGAUGCAAAGAACAUCCAUCAGACGUUCCAGCUCGUGUUCAACAUCAUCGUGAAUGGUGACGGCACUCUGACCAGAAAAUACUCAGUUGAUCUUUUGGUUGAUUUGCUAAAGAACCCCAAAAUAGCAGAUUGCCUAACGAGGUAUCCGCACUUCUCAGCAUGUGUGUCUCAGGUUUUAGGACUGCUGCAUUCAAAAGACCCAGACCCUGCAGCCAAGGUGUUGGAGCUUCUCCUGGCCAUGUGCAGUGUCUCGGGUCUGCGCUCGCUCCUGUGUGAGGUGGUUUUCAAACCGGCGGGACCCAAACUCAGAGCUGCAGGACGGGACGGUGGGCGUAAGGUGCAGUGUGGGCUGGCUCUGGUGCAGUGGCUGAGCUCACCUGUGGAGGGCGGAGAAUCUUGCUCUCUGCAGGUUUUGCAGCUGUUGAACGAGCUGCUGGAGGAGGCGUUGGGAGCAGAGAGCAUGUCUGAUUGUACGCUGAGCUUUGUGGAAAUGUUGCUUCCGGUCCUGUUGGGGCUGCUGAAGGGUCUCGAUCCCGCGCAGGGAGACGCUCACCUGAGAAAGCACUGCCUCCGCAUCACCCGCGUCACCAGACUGCUGCUCAUCCUUUGCGCCGAGGACGCCACCAGAUCUUUGGUGUCCUGUCAGGUGAGCGCUCAGCUCUGCCUCUCGCAGGUUGAAGCGCUCCUCUCACGUUACCAUAGCAACAGCCCCCUCAGCUGCUUGCCUCCUGUCUCCGACGAUGAUCUCAGUCAGGUGUGCGCUGAAGCUGUGCUGAAGACUCUGGAGUUAAUGAGCAGACUGAGACAACACGUGAAAGACAUGGAGACCAGCUUCUACAGGAUACUGCAGGACCAGAGGAUAGUGACCCCCCUCUCCCUGGCCCUCACCUCCCACCGCAGAGACCGUGUGCAGACCGGACUCUGUCUGCUGUUUGAAGCCACUCCCCUCCCAGACUUCCCCUCGCUGGUCCUGGGAGAAAGUAUCGCCGCCAACAACGCUUAUCGGCAGCGGGAGGCGGAGCUGUCUGUGAAGCGCGUGGCAGUGCAGGAAGUCCCGCCUCCAAGGAUGAACGCCAGCACGCUGGAAUCCUCCAGCGUUUCCAGCAAAAGUGUCCACAGUCUGGUAGAGAAGAUUCAGAAUGGGCUGGAGCUGCAGGAGCAGGUCAAGGACUCGCACGUGUCUGAGAUCAUCGAUGUUUAUGAGCAGAAGCUCGUUACGUAUGCGUCUAAGGAGAGCCGUCUGCAGGACCUGCUGGAGGCGAAGGCUCUGGCUCUUUCUCAGGCCGACCGUCUCCUCGCUCAGUAUCGCUUUCAGAGAGCUCAGGCUGAGGCUGAGGCCCGUAAGCUGGCCGGGCUGCUGAAGGAUGCAGAGCGGCGGCGGGAGGAGCUGCAGGUGGAGCUGAGCGGCCAGGUGCUGGAGGUGGAGCGUUCCAAAGCUGACAUGGAGGAGCUGCUGCAGCACAACUCCAGACUACAGCAGGACUCUGAGGAACACCAGGCCCUGAAAGGAGCCUACAAUGCCCUGCUCAACAGGUAUAAUGAGACGGAGCGGCUGCUGAAGGAGGUGCAGGCGGCUCACAUUUCUCUCACCAAGCAGAGCGACACUCUGAGGAAGAACCACGAAGCGCUGCAGCUGCAGCAAAACAAGACGGCGUCGCUGUUGGAGGAGAAAGAAGAGGAGGUCCAAUCGCUUCAUUCAGAGCUACAGAGGAAAAACGGUGAAAUCUCAGGUCUGCGUGCUGAGCUGAGGGCUGAGGAGGAGAAGGUGAAGGAAAAGGAGCAGGAGAGGAGAGACCUGGAGGAGACGGUGGAUGUUUUAAGGAAAGAGCUCAAUAAAACGGAGCAGGCCCGGAAGGACGCCAGCAUCAAGGCAUCGUCUCUGGAGCUGCAGAAGAGUCAGCUGGAGACGAAGUUAAAGCAGAAGGAGGACGAGCUGAACAAACACUCGGCGAUGAUCGCCAUGAUCCACAGCCUCAGCAGCGGCAAGAUGAAGAGCGACGUCAACCUGUCGCUCUGAGUGGCGCCCGGUGAUGAAGAUGAGAUUUUUAAGUCAUUUCAGUGAACUUCAUGAGCCUUUUUAUAUUUAAUAAAAAACACUUCAUUAACUUUAUGACAUGUCAGUUGUAUUUUAAAGAGGUCACGUUGGAGUUUUUGUGUUUUUAUUAGUAAAUAAAUCAAAGAUCUGUUUGUGUGUAAGUCCUGAACGUCUCUGCUGACUGAGAUGUGCUUUUUAAAGACAUUACUGUAAAUUCCUCUUUAAAAACAUUUUAAAACUAUUUUAAAAAUGAACUGAAGCCAUCAACAGAAUCAGAAGAUAUCAACUAGAUAUCACUAAUAUCAGUAAAG